AUGAAGCUUUCCCCUGCUCUUUCUGAUGAACAUGCUCGCUGGGCAGAGCGACAGCCGGUCUUCUUCACUGGAUCAGCUUCUACUCACGGCCGUCACGUCAACGUCUCCCCCAAAGGUCUUGAUGCGCACUUUGCCGUCUUCGGCCCAAACCAGUGCGCCUACAUUGAUCGAACUGGAUCUGGGUGCGAGACAAUUUCUCAUGCGUACGAGAAUGGCCGCCUUUGUCUCAUGUUUAUGAGCUUUGGCCCUUCGCCGGGCAUCCUACGACUCUUUUGUCGUGCCACGGUUGUGGAGUGGGAUCAGCCCGCAUUCCCUGACUUGGUGCGCAAGAUUGCAAAGGGCAAACGAGAGGCUUUUGACGGUGCUCGCGCCGUCAUCCUUUGCGACAUUUGGCAGACCCAAACCAGCUGUGGCUUUGGUGUCCCGCGGGUCAAGAAGGAACUCUACUCUUCUGAGGGUGACGGGGAUGACUCAAGCAACGCUCCCGUCGUCUUUGGGACUGUUGAAGACAUCCUCCGCCGAGGGCUUCGGGAUGGCGAAAAGCUCACCGAGCUUUCCGUGUUUGAACAGCGCCCCAAUCUAGACAACUACUCUGCGAAACAGGCCCAGAACAACAAGACGCUGAGCUAUCAAGUCACCAACAAUUGCAGCAGUCUUGAUGGCCUUCCUGGGCUAAGAGCAGCACGGCGCGAGGCCGGACAAAGGCUUUGGCUGGGUGAUCUGAAGGCCAGGGUACGACGAAUUGCCUCUGAAGGAGAAGCCGUUGCGGUGGGUUUCUUGUUAGCAGUCGUGUUGUAUGUUGUUUUGGCUUGGAUAGAUGUACGCUGGGUUUCUACGAUUACGAUGUAA